GCACUGCCAAGUAUCAUGUUCCACCUCGCAUCGCAAAGUAUAUCAAUAGCGAAACCCACAAGUCCUUUAUCAAAUGCCUUGUCCUCUUUUGCACGUGGCCGACGCUGGACAAGGAAUUCUAAUCCAUUUGCCUAUGUUCGGGGGUAUGCUGACACCACGAUUAAAUUCUCGCGCGUCAAACCACACAUGAAUAUUGGAACAAUUGGUCAUGUCGACCACGGCAAGACGACUUUGACCGCUGCGAUAACCAAAGUCUUGUCGAGCCAUGGCGCGGCUGAGUUCACCGACUAUGCUCAAAUUGAUAAAGCUCCUGAGGAGAAAGCUCGUGGUAUCACAAUUAACUCUGCACAUGUCGAGUACGAGACAGACCAACGGCAUUAUGGCCAUAUCGAUUGUCCUGGUCAUGCCGACUAUAUAAAAAAUAUGAUCACUGGUGCGGCACAAAUGGACGGCGCAAUCAUUGUUGUUUCUGCUACGGACGGUCAGAUGCCACAGACUCGCGAACAUCUUCUCUUGGCUCGCCAGGUGGGUAUCAAAAAACUAGUAGUUUUUAUUAACAAGGUGGAUAUGAUCGAAGACCCCGAAAUGCUGGAACUGGUCGAUAUGGAGAUGCGGGAUUUGCUGUCUACCUACAACUUUGACGGCGAAAAUACUCCAAUUAUUAUGGGAUCGGCCCUUGCUGCCUUGGAAGAACGAAAUGACGAAGUAGGUGCACGAAAGGUUGAGCGUUUGAUACAGGCCUGUGAUGAAUGGCUCGAUGUUCCCGCCCGUGACCUCGAGAAACCCUUUCUUAUGCCCAUUGAAGAUGUCUUCUCUAUAUCUGGGCGUGGGACAGUAACCACUGGGCGCGUGGAGCGGGGUGUCGCCAAUAAAGGCGAUGAAGUGGAAAUUGUUGGCUUGGGCAGCACAUUCAAGACCACAUUAACAGGCAUCGAGAUGUUCCACAAAGAGCUUGAUAGAGGCGAAGCUGGUGACAAUAUGGGUUGUUUGCUUCGUGGUGUAAAGCGUGAACAAGUCCGCCGUGGACAAGUGAUUAUUGCACCAGGUUCAAUGAGAGCUGUCAAACAGUUCCAAGCUCAGAUUUAUGUCUUGACGAAGGACGAAGGCGGAAGAUAUACCCCAUUUAUGAGCAAUUAUCGCCCACAACUCUUUUUACGAACCGCAGAUAUAACUGCGUCGCUCACCUUUCCCAACGGCACCGACGAUGCCUCUGAAAGAAUGGUUAUGCCAGGCGAUAAUGUUGAGAUGGUAUGUACCUUGGUUCACGAUGUUGCUGCCGAAGCGGGUUCUAGAUUCACACUUCGCGAAGGCGGUAAAACCAUUGGUACAGGCAUCGUAACAAAAGUUUUGCAGUACGCCUGAUCCAGGACGAGAAAUGGGAAAUGUGGCCUCUAUUGAACCACCAGUGGCUCAGGCGCAACGCAGCUGUUUACACUUGAUAUCCUUUGAUGGCAAGCCUAACUAGGGCUGGAAUUCACUUGCUCUCCCUUCUCUCCUCCUGUCGUGUUUCUCAUAUAAUUCCUAGUCUUGAGAGGUGGUAUAUUAGCAUUAUACUACGGUGUAGCUACAUCUGAGUGAAAUAUUUCCUAAAAAGAAUAAUGGAGAAAA